CCAACUGGGAAAAUGAAGAACUUCUGGAAAAUUCCAGUUUUCUUCUUCGUGUGCAGUUUCAUGGGACCCUGGGCAUCUGCGGCUAUCAAGCGUCGCCCAAGAUUCCCUGUCAAUUCAGAUUCUAACGGUGGAAAUGAACUCUGUCCAAAGAUCAGAAUUGGCCAAGAUGACUUACCAGGGUUUGACCUGAUUUCUCAGUUCCAGGUAGAUAAAGCAGCAUCUAGAAGAGCUAUCCAGAGAGUUGUGGGAUCAACUGCAUUACAAGUGGCUUACAAACUGGGAAAUAAUGUAGACUUCAGAGUUCCAACCAGGAAUUUAUAUCCCAGUGGACUGCCUGAAGAAUACUCCUUUUUAACUACUUUUCGGAUGACUGGAAACACACUUGAAAAGAACUGGAACAUUUGGCAGAUUCAGGAUUCCUCAGGGAAGGAGCAAGUUGGCAUAAAGAUUAAUGGCCAAACAAAAUCCGUUGCGUUUUCAUACAAAGGACUGGAUGGAAGUCUCCAAACUGCAGCCUUUUCGAAUUUGCCCUCCUUGUUUGAUUCCCAGUGGCAUAAGAUCAUGAUUGGUGUGGAAAGGAACAGUGCUACUCUUUUUGUUGACUGCAACAGGAUUGAAUCCUUACCAAUAAAGCCAAGAGGCCCAAUUGAUGUUGAUGGCUUCGCUGUGCUGGGAAAACUUGUAGAUAACCCUCAAGUUUCUGUUCCAUUUGAACUUCAGUGGAUGCUGAUUCAUUGCGACCCCCUGCGACCCAGAAGAGAAACUUGCCAUGAGCUGCCAGCCAGAAUAACGCCCAGCCAGACCACCGACGAGAGAGGUCCCCCUGGAGAGCAGGGUCCCCCAGGGCCGCCAGGGCCCCCUGGGGUUCCGGGCAUUGAUGGCAUUGACGGUGACCGAGGCCCAAAGGGUCCCCCAGGCCCCGUGGGUCCUGCGGGAGAGCCGGGAAAGCCAGGAGCUCCAGGCAGGCCCGGCACUCCAGGCGCUGACGGAUUAACAGGACCUGAUGGAUCCCCUGGCUCCGUUGGACCAAGGGGACAAAAAGGAGAACCUGGUGUACCUGGACCUCGUGGAUUUCCAGGUCGUGGUAUUCCUGGACCCCCUGGUCCUCCUGGGACAGCAGGACUCCCUGGAGAGCUUGGCCGUGUAGGACCUGUUGGUGACCCUGGGAGAAGAGGACCCCCUGGCCCCCCUGGCCCCCCAGGACCCAGUGGAGCAAUUGGCUUUCAUGAUGGAGAUCCACUGUGUCCCCAUUCCUGUCCACCCGGUCGCUCAGGAUACCCAGGUCUACCAGGCAUGAGGGGUCAUAAAGGGGCUAAAGGAGAAAUUGGUGAACCAGGAAGACAAGGACACAAGGGUGAAGAAGGUGACCAGGGAGAACUGGGAGAAGUUGGAGCUCAAGGACCUCCAGGAGCUCAAGGUUUGAGAGGCAUCACUGGCAUAGUUGGGGACAAAGGGGAAAAAGGUGCUCGGGGCUUAGACGGAGAACCUGGGCCUCAGGGUCUUCCUGGUGUACCUGGUGAUCAGGGACGGCGAGGACCUCUGGGAGAAGUGGGUCCCAAGGGAGAUAGAGGGGCUCAAGGUUCUAGAGGAAUUCCUGGUCCCCCUGGGCCCAAAGGAGACACGGGCUUGCCAGGUGUGGACGGCCGUGACGGGAUCCCUGGGAUGCCUGGAUCAAAGGGUCAACCAGGGAAACAUGGGCCUCCUGGUGAUGCAGGAUUGCAGGGGUUGCCAGGUGUGCCCGGAAUUCCUGGUGCAAAGGGUGUUGCUGGUGCAAAGGGAACUACAGGUGCUCCAGGGAAGCCCGGUCAGUUGGGAAAUUCAGGCAAACCGGGCCAACAGGGGCCUCCAGGAGAGGUGGGACCCCGAGGACCCCGGGGACUGCCUGGCAAUCGAGGAGAAACAGGACCCGUAGGAUCCCCGGGGUUACCAGGUAAACUGGGUCCUGUUGGUAGCCCUGGCCUCCCGGGCUUGCCUGGGCCCCCUGGACUUCCAGGAAUGAAAGGUGACAGGGGUGUAGUUGGUGAACCUGGUCCAAAGGGUGAACAGGGUGCCUCUGGAGAAGAAGGUGAAGCAGGAAGAAGGGGUGAACUUGGAGAUAUAGGAUUACCUGGCCCAAAGGGAUCUAUGGGUAACCCUGGGGAGCCUGGCUUGAGAGGACCUGAAGGAAUUCGGGGGCUUCCUGGAGAGGAAGGACCAAGAGGACCACCUGGACCCCGAGGAGUGCAGGGAGAACAGGGUGCCACCGGCCUGCCCGGUGUCCAGGGCCCUCCGGGUAGAGCACCGACAGAUCAGCACAUUAAGCAGGUUUGCAUAAGAGUCAUGCAAGAGCAUUUUGCGGAGAUGGCUGCUAGUCUCAAGCGUCCUGACUCUGGUGUCUCUGGCCUCCCUGGGCGGCCUGGUCCCCCUGGGCCCCCAGGCCCCCCUGGAGAGAAUGGCUUCCCAGGUCAGAUGGGAAUUCGUGGCCUUCCGGGCAUGAAGGGACCCCCUGGAGCUCUUGGUUUGAGAGGACCAAAAGGUGACUUGGGAGAAAAGGGAGAGCGUGGCCCUCCAGGAAGAGGUCCGAAAGGUUUGCCUGGAGCUACAGGUCUUCCAGGUGACCCAGGCCCUGCCAGCUAUGGGAGAAAUGGCAGGGACGGUGAGCGAGGGCCCCCAGGGGUGGCAGGAAUUCCUGGUGUGCCGGGGCCCCCAGGACCUCCCGGCCCUCCCGGUUUCUGUGAGCCCGCCUCCUGCACCGUGCAGGCCGGUCAGCGAGCCUUUAUCAAAGGGCCCGAUCCCUGAGAGGCUUAGUGCUGCAGGGCUCUCUGCAUAGACCACGCCUGGUGAAGGAGAAAGGCCACCCGAAGCUGGGGAAGGAUGACGAUUACCUUCCACGUGAUUACAGAGGUCCUACUUGACAAUCAGAUUUAGAAGAAUGGUGCUAUUCACUAAGUCCUCUUCCCUUCCCUUGGAGGGAAGCGAGCAGAGUCAUUGGUUAACAAAACACACACACAAACCUCCCUUUAAAUAAAUUUAUAAUCCUGUUCCCAGGAUCUUGAACUUUA